CCCGUGCAUUACUAGACUGGAGAGGAGAUUCUGUCUGCAAAUUCUACCAUCAUGACUCAGGAUAGCAACCUGGAAAGCUUACGAUAUGUCGACGGCAAGAUGACACUGCUAGACCAGCUGCAGCUGCCUCUGAUCGUGCACUACGAUGCAAUCACAUCUGUACAAGACGGUUGGGACGCAAUCCGUGAGAUGAAGGUGCGUGGGGCCCCGGCUAUAGCAGUGGCGGCCGCUCUGUCACUCUCCGUGGAAAUCCUUAGUAUGACUAAGGCUAACAAGUUCAGUGAUACGAGUGCACUAAAAGAACACGCUCUCGAACAGUUGGAGCAUCUCAAGUCAUCCCGACCCACGGCGGUUAACCUAUUCAACAUGGCGGACUGGUUUAAAGUGUAUAUUGAGGAUAAGUACGAGGUCCUCUCCAAGGAUUCGGUCUUGGAACUUGCCGAAGCUAUUGACGAGAAAGCUAAGAAAAUGAUGGUGGAUGAUGUGUCCAAAAACAAGCUCAUCGGUGACCACGGGGCAGAAGCAAUGGUAAAAAUGACUCAAAAAAAAGAUGAGCUCAGAGUGUUGACGCACUGCAACACUGGGUCUCUGGCUACUGCCGGAUACGGUACAGCGUUGGGUGUACUGCGAAGCUUGCACGCGCAAAAUCUGUUGAAGAGAGCCUACUGUACAGAGACACGCCCGUAUCUACAGGGCGCUCGACUCACUGCUUUUGAACUUUCCCACGAUAAGCUUCCUGGUACACUCAUUGCAGAUUCAAUGGUUUCCAUGCUGUUCAAGAAUAAAAUGGCAGACGCGGUGGUCGUGGGUGCUGACCGUAUUGUGGCCAAUGGUGACACGGCGAAUAAGAUUGGCACGUACCAAAUAGCAAUAUCAUGCGCCUACCACAAAAUUCCCUUCUUUAUUGCGGCACCCACAACCACGAUUGAUCUCUCACUGAAGAGUGGUGACCAGAUUGUCAUUGAAGAGAGAGCGGCCACAGAGAUGAAGAGUAUCAGUGGCGUCAUGUUUGCUGAUCCCGAUAUCGAGGUCUGGAACCCGGCCUUCGAUGUGACCCCAGCCACCCUCAUCACCGGUAUUAUCACUGAGUGUGGUACUUUUUACAAGCCCGAGGGAAGCGACACUUUCGACUUGUCGAGCCAAAUUGCGAACAUACAGCUGGUUUGAACGCUAUUCUAACAGACCAAUGGAAAGUGUGAGGGAAGCAGUCUUUCGAUUGCUAUUAGUAUAUAUGGUGGUGAGAUUGUGCUUUCUUUAAUGAUGCAUGUUGGGAUUUAGUCCUAGUUCGCGAAUUCUGUACAUAGUGACAGCUCAAAGGAUUACCUUUUUUGAUGGAAGCACAGGGAAGGGAUGGCAGAAGGAUAGCUGGCGAUGCACAAUUCAAAGCACUUUUUGGAUUAUAGGGAACCUCUAAAUAUCUGCUUUAAGAACUAGAUAUUGGAUACCGCUGAUCGGGUGAUGCUAUUAUGCGCCUUAAUCGCAUCCGUAAGGAACUGACUCUGUGUACAGUUCGAGAUUUUCGGCCCAUGUGCACUUAAUCGGUCGAUGGUUUGCUCUGGUCAAAGUCACCUAGUGAAACGCCUAGAUACAAACAUCUGUUCCUCCUAUUGGAAUAAAUAUUAGGCUUUCACACGACAUACGCUGGUCCAUUUCGAUAUAAGCAUAUGUUGUUAGAAUUCGAUGGACUUUAGACUGGCUAGAGUUGUGACCAUUUCUUCGUUUAUCGUUAAUAAUGUGCAUGAGAUUUUAAAAAGGUCGACUCCAUCACAACUAUUCAAUUUCGUAUGCCUAAAUUUUGUUCCAAACGACGUGUCAUUCAUUUCUACUUUCAGCUACACUAUGAGCAAGGAGGCAAAAUAUCUAAUCAAAUUGGAUGGGCUAGGAAAGUGUCCCUCGACUGAGAUGGUCGAUCUAGGUAGUCGUUCAUCUAUUCCAUUGCGUAGUUGUAACAUCUGGUGUGUAGCAGUACAAUUCUUAGCACUGCAGCGUUGAAACCAAAAGUCACGGCGAUGGCUCUGGUGAGGCGUGAUGCCGUG